GUCGCGCGUGCCCGGUUUCUAUACAAGUUUUGACAGGAGAUAUUUUGCUCCCCAGAUAUGUGAAAAAUGCGAACUAAAAACCCCACUCCAUCCAGAUAUCAUGGCAAGUAUAGAAACUAUACAAAAGAUAACAUUCUAAAGGCUUACUAUGAAGUAAAGAAUCAUAGAUCGUCUCUGCGCAAGGCGGCGAGGGAAUAUGGUGUCCCCUACCAGACAUUGAGGGACAGAGUCUCUGGCAAGGUUGAUCCUGAAGAUUUUGCGAGGGAAACCGUACUUGAGACAGAAGAGGAACUGGGGCUGGUAGAACAUGCGGAACAAUGUGCAAGAUUGGGAUACGGGUAUUCAAAUAUGGAAAUGAAAAAACUUGCCGGCGAACUGGCGUUCAAGCUUGGAAGAAGGAAAAGAGACAAACCCCUAAGUAACUGUUGGCUUUAUGGUUUCUUGGGACGUUGGAGAGAAAGGCUUUCAACACUAAAGCCAUCUGCUCUGGAUUCCAACAGAGCGAAAAAUACAACCCCAGAGGCCGUUCAGACAUACUUUCACAAUCUUAAGAAUACCAUUGACACCCUACAUCUUGAAAACAGGCCAGACCUAUAUAUUUAA